GGGUGACACCUCAAGCAGCAGAUGUUGCUUCUUCAGCUUUGCUCUCCAAUCUCUGCUUGCUCUUGCAAUCACUGCCGCUUCCAACACUUGAGCACCACCACCAUGCCCGAUGAGAAUGAGACUGAGGCGAAGACAUGGCACACGAUUGGCAGCAGCUUGUUUGUGCUGCUAGCCGCCUCCAUCAUCGAGUUUGCUUCCGCCGCAGACGACUGUAAUGAAGCGAAGGUGUGCGAUGACGAAUACUACGCAUGGGCCAUUGCGUGUGGUGUCAUUUCCGCCACCAUUUGCUUCGUACGCCUCGGCUUCCUGUACCAGAAAUGCCCCGUCAACUCCAAGCUGGACGUGAUUCUGGCCAUUGUCUUGCUGGUGAUGUGGGCGUUUGCGGCAGCCUUCAACACCAGCACCAGUGGACCCUUCUCAGCCACCAAGAACGCAUACUUUGCCACAUGGAUCGCGUUUGUCGCUGCGGCCAUGUACACGUCACUGGCGUUGCCCAUGGCAUACCAGGCACUGCGCACAAGGAUUGCCACUGUGCACACGGGCCUGCUCCUCGUCCUCUUUGCAUCCCUUGUUGAAAUGUCGGUUGCGGGGGAUGUGUGCGACCACGAGGAUCGCUGCGAGGGUAGGGAUGCCUUUGCAGUGGCCGUGGGCGCAGUUGCUGCCACCACCUGCUUCAUUCAGCUGCUGCUGUUCCGCUUUGCACCUUCCAUCGGCGAGCCCAUGCUGAAGAUUGUAGCUGUCUUCCUGGUUGCCUGGUGGUCUGCUGGUGCUGCCGUCAACACCAGCGCCAAAGGCCCUUUCAACUCGAGCUGUGGUGGUUCACGCGGCGCAGCAAACGGUGACGUUCAGAUUCCCAAGAUCCUGGAGUUGUUUGGUCUCGGCAUUGGUGAGAGGAAACCGGUUGAAGCGGAUGGUCUUGAUGACCUUCACACAUGUUCUUGA